CAAUGAAUAUAUUUACUCAGAAGUAUAUUGCACAUAUAGUUUGGUUUUGCUUACUUGGGGCACUCUGCCCUCACCCACUUCAAGAAUUCUGAAGGAUAAGGUGCUUCCACACUGUUUUCUGUCAGUGGCACUUGGAUCUGAGGAAAUGGUUCAGAGUUGGAUUGUAGAGUUAAUUUUUUAAAAAGAUACUGCAAAACAAGGGCACAAUCCAGCUUAAGGUAUAAAAUGAUUAUACCCAUCAGAUGUUUCACUUGCGGCAAAAUAGUUGGAAACAAAUGGGAAGCUUACCUUGGCCUCCUGCAAGCUGAAUAUACAGAAGGUGAUGCCUUAGAUGCUCUGGGGCUAAAGAGAUACUGCUGUCGGCGAAUGCUGCUUGCCCAUGUGGAUCUGAUUGAGAAGCUCCUGAAUUAUGCCCCUCUGGAGAAAUGAAGAGCAGGGGGAAUAUAUGAUACUCCAUUCACGUGGACCAGUGUGCUGCAAGAAAUCCACAAGCUAGACAGUUGAGGUUACGGAUGCAGAUCAUGCUCAGGGAGGGAUUUCACUCUCCCCACAGUUUUGCCACAGCUUCUAACCUCUUCAAAGGAAAUUACAGAAAGAUGAAAUCCACUUCCACACAGUUGGGGAUUGUAGUUUUAAUUAAAGCAGGGAUGAAAGUUCAUCAGAAUCAUAUUGAUUUUGGAGAACGGUGAAUUUUUAAAACUACUCCAAGUCACUGGCAGUGCUUUUAAUAAAGCUUAUAAAUACAGCUUGUUCAAAAUAUGGUAAGGAAUGUCCCUUCUCCCUCCCCUGUACUGCUCCUGUUACUCAGAAGCUCAUUCAAGAAACUGGAGAGAGUUAACGGCGCGUUCAGGUUGUUUGCUGCUGGCAUUUAUCAAUGUUAAAAUGUGUGGGGUGGCGAGAAGAGACUCCUCUGUCCAAUAUUCCUCUGUGCAUUUGCACAAUAUGAACUUAUCUUAAAGACCUGAGAUCUGGCUGAAUGACUUGUGGGUUGUGAUGUGAAAAACUAAUAAAAAUGUAGGAUGAA